UGACUCAUGCGCUACAAAGAAUGGAACACGUGAUGAAAUAGAUGUAAACAGUGUUCAUUGUUGUUUUGCUUUUUAAUUAUUUUGCAAAUAUACCGGAUCUAAGAGGUUAUUUUAGCAAAUUGCUAAGCUAAUUAGCUUGUGUUACAUCUAGGUACUACAAUAAAUUCAUUAUCUGAUAAAAAUGUUAAGUAGCACUGCAAGUGAUCCCAGUACCAGCAAAGAUAAAAUAACACCAGUCUUCGAAAUAACCUCAGCCCAGAUAGCACUAACCGAAGGAAGCGAUAAGAAAUAUGUGCUAUACACACUUCAAAUAAGACAUGUCGGCGGCAUUGACGAUUCGAAACCUGCGAUACUAGAACGUAGAUAUACAGAUUUUUAUAACUUAUACACAGCACUGAAAAAGGACUAUCCUAACGAAAUGACCGCAGUCGCUUUUCCUAAAAAAGUAUUAACCGGUAAUUUUGAUAACAAUUUGAUAUCUUUAAGAAGUACAGGAUUUGAAUCUUUAUUAAGACAUGUGUUAAUCGAUUCCAAAUUAAGAGCAUCACCGGCUCUUCUCAGUUUCUUACAAGACGUAGACUUACAGAAAAUAAAGGAACUAUUACAAAUUAAAGACUAUGCUGCGGCUGCUCCCUUACUUGAAAACAACUUUCGUUUACUAAAUAAGGUGUACACAGAUCGUUCGCCAAGGGUUUUACUGGCUCUCUGUCGAUUGUUAGGUUGCCUAAUUUUGGUGCCGGGAUCACCCCAAGCGCAAAAGUGGGCCGAUAUUGCCUUGCAUCGUUACGAAGGUGUUUGUGAUAGUGACUUGCUCGAAUUAUAUUUACCUUUAUUGCAUGUUUGUGCCAAAAUAUGGUGGCAAACUGGUAGAAAUGGAACUUUUCUUGAAUCAAGAUUGCAGUCGUUAAAACAACAGGGUAUCAAAUUUAAUGAAGGCACUUCGCUGUUAGAUGCAGUGGAUUCUUUAGAAAAAAGACUCAGUGUUUCAUAGUAAAUAUUGACUUUAACUGUGUGGGUUCUAAUCGAGCAAACAUUGUUUAGAAUACAUACGGUUGCAGAUUAUAACCUUGAUACUAUGUGAUACAGGUGUUCAUUACUUCAAAUGUAACCCAUGCUUGAUUUCUCUAUAGUCUGAUACCUAUUGCUAGUUCUUAUAUUACAAUAAUCAAACUGCACUGACAAUGCAAUCCUCAUUACUUGGUAUUUAAUUAAAAAAAUUAGAUAAGCUAGUGUUAUCAUCAAAGAAGAAACAUGUGAAUUAAGGUUAACGUUCUAUUUUAUUAAUGUGAUCAUUUAUUCCAAAUAAAAUUUGUUUAGUUUA